UUAGAAUUUUGUAUAACCUGUAUAACCUAUCAAUCAUACAUUAUGGCCGGUUUAUCAUUAAUAAGUAGUUAUUUAUCAGACUCCGAGGAUGAGAAUGAAGAUUCUGAAGAAUCGAAGAAUACUUAGUAGUUUACCUUUACCUGAGAGUAUCUCAUCGUGGCAAGGUGUCGAGCAUCACCCAGAGAUCGUCGAUGAUCCUGCAGAUCAUGACGGUCGAUCCAGAAGUUUCAAGCACGAGAGAGGAAACUGGGCCACUCUGGUUUACGUAGACUAUGUGCCCAGCGACUCGAUGAGGAAUUGGAUGAAAUCAUUGGAAAGUAGCUUGCCGAUGACAGGUAAUACGUUAUUCGAGCAACUCCACAUCAGUCUGACGCGUACUCUGAUUCUAAAGUUUCACUGGAUCGAAUCCAUCAUGGCCAGUAUAAAGGAGCUGUGCCAAAUGACCAGUCGCUUCAUCCUGGAGCUUAAUGAGGUGAAGGUCUACUGCAACGAAGACAGAACCAGAACGUUCCUUGGUGUCUCAUGCCGUAACAACGACGGGAUACUGAAAGAGUUUACGGAAGCUUUAAACAAGAUAUUGACAGAGUACGAGUUGCCACCAUUUUACGAGGAUGCUUCGCAUCACAUCAGUUUCCUAUGGACACUCGAUGACAAAGAAGAACAAUUAAAGUCUCUACUGUCAUCGAUGACUCGCAGCCUUAACGAGUACCUUGCCAGCAGUCCUGAGGAGAAUUCAAUUAUGGUUAACACGGUACACUGUAAAGUGGGUAAUCGACUGUAUACGUUUCAAUUGAAAUAAGGAGCACUCUCUAGUUUAAGGAAAAAGGAAUAACUUUCUUUCAAGUAGAAUGUAACGAUCGAUUGACGAGCCUUUAAGCAAAGUUAGAGAUUCAGAUUUCAAAGCCAUCG